UUUAAUUUAUUUAUUUAUUAUGUUUUAUUUUACCUUAGUAGAUAUUCGGUAGUGCAUGUUCUGGAAUCUGGUUUUGGUGUUUGUAUUUUUUUUUGGUUUACGUACCAGUAGAUUUAAUUCCCAUUUUGCCCUUAUCUUCUUUGUUCCAAAUUCUCAGAGCUUCAUCCAUGGUGGGUAUUAUGCUCAAUGAUUCCUGUAGAUUGAUUUUUUAUAACUUUCUUGUGGAAUAUGAAAAAGAUGAUGGAGCUUCAGCUUUUUUGACCAAUCAAAUUCAGAAACCCUAGAUCAAGACAUUGCUGUUCAUUCUUGUACUUAAUCCUAAUAUCCCAUUCCAUAUUAAUUAAUGGGGACAGAGCUGAUGAGGGUUUGUGUAAAAGAAGAAAACGAUGAACUUCCUUCCAUUCCUCCUGGGUUUGAGUCAUAUGCAUCGUUCACCUUAAAAAAGGCUGUACCGGGCGGUGAAAAAGCCAAGACUAACAGUGUAACAUGUGGCUUGCCUGCGGAAAGUGCCACCGCAAUAAAAUCUGUUAAGAUGGAAACCGACUCUAACCUUUCCGAUGCCUCAAAACCGGCAAGAUCUCUGCGGCAGAGGCCUUGGAUAAACUUUGUUGGUUGUGAUGAUGAUGAUGAAAACAACAAACCCACAUGUCCAAAGCUUGGUGAAAAUGUUAUUCCGAAGCCUUCUCUACCAAAGGGGGUCAUCCGGGGAUGUGCAGAAUGUACAGAUUGCCAAAAGGUAAUUGCUAGAUGGCGUCCAGAUGAUGCUUGUAGACUCGAUCUUGAGGAUGUUCCUGUAUUCUACCCAACCGAAGAGGAGUUUGAAGAUACUUUGAAUUAUAUUGCUAAAAUAAGGCCAACAGCUGAAAAGUAUGGAAUCAGUCGCAUUGUUCCUCCUCCGUCCUGGAAACCCCCAUGUCCAUUGAAAGAGAAACAAGUGUGGGAGGGCUGUAAAUUUGCUACACGUGUCCAAAGAGUUGAUAAGCUUCAGAAUAGGAAUUCAAUGAAGAAGAUUUCAAAGAAUUUUGAUCAAAUGAGAAAGAAAAGAAGAAAAUGUAUGAAAAUGCGCUUGGACUCAGUAGCUGACAGUGGAAGUGGCUCCAGUUCCGAUAACACUGGAGUUUGUGAACUUGAGACUUUUGGGUUUGAGCCUGGUCCUCAGUUCUCUCUAAAAGAAUUUCAGAAAUAUGCUGAUGUAUUCAAGGCUCAGUACUUUCGAAAGAGUGAAAAUCCUACAGGUGCCAAACCUCUGGAGUGCUGGGAACCAUCGAUUAAGGAUAUCGAAGGUGAAUAUUGGCGGAUUGUAGAGAAAGCAACUGAAGAAAUAGAGGUUCUCUAUGGUGCCGAUCUUGAGACUGGGGUUUUUGGUAGUGGAUUCCCCAGGACAUCAAGCGAGGAGGGCUCUUCUUUGGCCGAAAAGUACGUGAAAUCAGGCUGGAAUUUGAAUAACUUACCAAGGCUCCCGGGAUCUCUCCUUUCUUAUGAGAGCAGUGAUAUUUCCGGUGUUCUUGUGCCCUGGUUGUAUAUCGGGAUGUGCUUUUCCUCCUUCUGUUGGCAUGUUGAAGAUCAUCACUUGUACUCAUUGAAUUAUAUGCAUUGGGGUGCACCAAAAAUGUGGUACGGUGUUGGGGGAAAGGAUGCUGUUAAGCUCGAGGAGGCAAUGAGAAAGCAUUUGCCUGACCUUUUCGAAGAACAGCCUGAUUUGCUUCAUAAGCUAGUUACACAACUCUCUCCAUCAAUACUGAAAGCUUCAGGAGUACCUGUGUACCGUUGUAUCCAGAGCGCUGGAGAGUUUGUCUUGACUUUUCCAAGGGCAUAUCAUGCCGGGUUUAAUUGUGGUUUCAACUGUGCUGAAGCUGUGAAUGUAGCUCCGGUUGAUUGGCUGUCUCAUGGGCAAAUUGCCACAGAGUUAUACUGCCAACAAGGGAGAAAAACUUCCAUUUCACAUGAUAAAUUAUUGCUCGGGGCAGCAAGAGAAGCGGUAAAAGCCCACUGGGAGUUUAACUUACUGAAGAAAAAUACUCCAGAUAAUUUAAGAUGGGUAAAGUCUUGCAGAAAGGAUGGGAUUUUAGCGAAAGCCCUCAAGGCUCGUGUUGACAUGGAACGCACAAGGAGGGAAUUCCUUUGCAACUCCUCGCUUGCACUGAAGAUGCACAGUAAUUUUGAUGCUACCAAUGAGAGGGAAUGUUGCAUAUGCUUCUUUGAUUUGCAUCUGUCAGCUGCCGGUUGCAGAUGUUCCCCGGAGAAGUAUGCAUGUUUGACCCAUGUGAAGCAGUUGUGUUCUUGUCCGUGGGUUACCAAAUAUUUUCUCUUCCGCUAUGAUAUUGAUGAGCUAAAUCUUCUUGUUGAGGCAUUGGAAGGAAAACUGAGCUCUGUAUACAGAUGGGCACGUCAAGAUCUCGGAUUGGCGUUAAGUGCACACACCUUGGGGAACAACAUGAGCAUGGAUACAUUAUCUCCUCCGCGGGAAGAAAAGGUGCCUGAGGACCUGAGACCACAAGCUCCUGCAGUUUCAGGGAAAGAUUUGAGGAAGCCGGUUGGGAGUUCUAGUGUGAUCGACUUGGAAGAGAAGAGUAAACUUUCAGAAUUUGGUUUAAGCGUGAAAGAGACGAAAGAGCAAUCUACAAGAAGCCCCUUUCUGAAAUCGGUCAAAGAAGAACCUCUUUGUCAUUCUUCUGAUCCAAAAGCUUCUAUUAGACUACCAUCCCAAGGAGAAAUCUCGUCUUUGGAAGCUGCUAAACCUGAUGGUGUUGAAAUACCUUAUCCGAGUUCCCCUAACAAUAUAAUACUUCUCAGCGACGAUGAAGAUAAUGAACCUAGGAAAUCAUUUUCCGAAAGGGAAAGCGGAAAUCCAUCUGGGAAGCAUUUGGAACUCAAGGAGAAGCAGUUGCACCGCGAUGAAAAGAUGAGCCACCAUGGACUGAAAAAAGAAGGUUCAGCAGGAGAAGCACCCAGUAGAACUGGUCAUCCGAUUAGCCAAAGGGAGACAGAUCCUGUACUUGAUGCCCGGAUGAAUACUUUCUCGCCUAAUAAUGACCUUGUAAUGACAGGGGACGAUGCACCAAAAGCAGAGGCUAUUGGGCUUGCUCAUGAUAUCUCAAGUAGAAAGGAUCUUGACAAUCACGGUUGUCAAAAUCCUAAUAGCGAUGAUAGACUAAAAAGCACCGGAGGUUUGGGUAUUAUUUCAGAUGUAGCCGAUGGGGCAAGAAGUAACUUGGGGGCUCCAUGUUGUUCUCAAAAUAAUAGUCCGGACAGGUUAAUCCGCCAAAAGGGUCCUCGUAUUGCAAAGGUUGUGAGGAGGAUCAAUUGCAAUACCGAGCUUUUAGCGUUCGGAUCAGUGCUUCCUGGGAAAUCGUGGUGCAACAAUCGCACGAUUUUUCCCAAAGGGUUUCAAAGCCGAGUUAAGUAUAUAAACAUUUUGGACCCGAUAAACAUGUGUUGGUAUAUUUCGGAAAUUCUCGAUGCUGGACGCGGAAGCCCUCUGUUCAUGGUUUACUUGGAAAGUCAUCCAAGUGAGGUGUUCAUUAACAUAUCAGCCACAAAAUGUUGGGAGAUGGUGAGAGACAGAGUAAAUCAAGAGAUAACGAAGCAGCACAAAGCUGGUAAAUCGAAUCUUCCUCCUUUACAGCCUCCCGGAAGUCUCGAUGGUUUCGAAAUGUUUGGAUUUUCAUCUCCUGCUAUCGUACAGGCUAUAGAAGCACUGGACAGAAAUCGGGUUUGUACCGAUUACUGGGAUUCCCGGCCUUACUCCCGACCGCAAGUUCAGUUUCCCGCAAACCCUCACCCGAGAGACGGUAACUCCAGUGGAAGAACAACUACUGGACAACGUCCCUUACCCGCGGGAACAGGCUCUGUCCUUAGAGGUCUGUUCAGAAAGGCUAACCCCGAGGAACUAACCUCACUUCAACAGGCAUUAAGCGAAGCUAGCACGGAUUUGGUAACCCGACUUCUCAAUGAAGAGAUAAGAAACCGCAUCUGACGAUUUUUUUUGGCUCCUCGGUUUUUGAAAGGCGCUCGAGAACGAGGGCAAAUGAGGAUUGUAAGCCUCUGUGUACAUACCAAAAGCGCCAUCCCAUCUGCUCAUCGAUUAUUUUCAACACCAUGCGGAAGAAAAAGAAGAGGAGAACAAAACAGCAGGAAGAUGAAAAAGAUAGAAACUGUUUGUUUGUUAUCAUUAUUAGAAAUCCUCGUCUUCUCUGAAAAUUCAUUGAGAUGGGAAUACAAAGCAAUUGGUUAACCGGAAACAAACCGAAACUAAAUUUGAAAGAUUUUGGUUCUGCAAUUCAAA